AUGUUGAAAGCAGGUGCAAGUGAAAACGAGGCAGAUUACGGGACGCAUUAUUUUGUUUGAUCGUCAAUUUACCGAGAACUUGUGGGCUACAAUCGAUAAGCAACGCAAAUUCAUUGAGCGGACUGGAUUCCUGAUGAAUACUUCUACUGGGUGCUUCAUUUUCAGCCAGCUAUGAUGACGGAUUGAAUUUAUCUUGCAUUUUAUUGAAGUCGAAUUUGUACAUUUGCUUGUCAACAUGGCGUCCAGCUCAGUGAGUCAAGAGAGCUUAGACAUGGAGGACUUUGAAACGACGCGACAAAGAAACAGGAUAAGGACACACCGAGGGAGAGGAAUGUUUUACAGGGGGGACAGAGACGGAGGGGAUCAUGUGGAUCGUGAGGGUCGGGACCAAAACGGGGAGGGAGGGGAAGGCCAUCCAACAUCGUUCAGUCAAGACCACGAUUCGCCCACGCGCACGGUUGGCAGAAGCAAAGAUAAAAGAAGCCGACCAAAUCACCUGCACAAGGGGAAAUUACCAAAAGACAAGAGGAAGUUGAGGGAGAAAAGAAGGAGUACCGGGGUCGUCCACUUGCCGUCAACUGAGCUGUCUGUAGCAGAUGUAGGGAGUACUGGAGACUCACUGGAUGAGGACGAUGAUGAUGACAAAGUUGCCAUGGAAACCAAGAAAAACACAGCAUUUAAUGAAAUCACAGAUAAAAACAAACCAGCUCAUGAGAGACAUGAUGGUCACAGUCACCAUUCAAGUACGUUCACAACAAGGAGAAACAAGAGUCCAUCUGAUCUCGAGGCUGAUCUGGAGGACAACCAAGAUUACGACAGUACUGUCAGCCAUUCAGAAACAAAUCUCACCCUGAUCGGUCGAUCCGAGUCAUCUGAUACCCACAUGUCCCAAUCUCUCCUGGACAGGCCCGUAGGAAUAUCCAAAUUUACUCGCUGUUCACCGGAAUCUACCAAGUCUUUCACUUCAACGCACAUGGCCAACAUUAGUGAUCAGGAGGCCAAGGGCUCAGUCUCGUCUAUGAACACUUCCUCUGUUUUGUCUCGGUACAGAGAGUCAGAAGCUCCGCUAAGAGACAUUGAUCAAAACAGAUCCAAUAUUUCUAAGAUGAGAGACAAUAAGACCGAGUCUUCGUAUGGCUAUUUGUCGUCCCGGUUCCGUGAUAAGGACCAGUCUCAUGGUUCAUCUCGCCUCAACUACCAUGUUCCACGGCCGUUCAUGACGCAGAACAAUGACAAUGCUGCUUCUUUGGAGAAGGUGAAACAGCUGCUGGAGAAAGAGAAGGAGGAGAACAAGAAGCUGCAGCAGUUGCUGGAGGACAAGGAUCGCAGGAUAGCUGAACUGGAGAAAGAGGUGUCCCUCCUCAAUAAGGAACUUGAUGAAGUUGAAGAUGAAAACAUUAAACUGGAGGAGGACAAGAGUGCUUUAAUCAAAGCCAUGUCUCAACUUAGUACCAAUGUCUAGUGAUCGUCAUCUGUGUUACCAAGUUUGGCUGAUGGAGGGUGUGGGGCCCCCCUUACAGGGCCUCAUGGUCCAGCAAGUGUUGUAUAUAAACCAAACGGGGCCCAUGUGUCAAGUUAUACAUGUUUAUAUCAGACAUGUCCUGUAAGCUGAACAAUUUUGCCGUUUAACCUGUAACUUCAAAGAAGAGAUAGAUCAAUGCCAAAUUGCUUGAAUGUGUUUUAUUGUUGUGUUUUAAACACUUUAGUGUGUUAGUUCAAGGUGAUGCAUCUAAGAAGAAUAUUAGCACCAGAUGCUACGAAUUUCAUGUGAAACCAAAGACCAUCACAAAGACUAAAUGUAUCAAUGUUUCUUUUUAUACACAGAUCUGAAAAACAAAUUUUGUUCAUAUCUUCACAAAUACGGUAGUCAACCUUUUCAAUAGGAAAAUUAUCUGACCACUUGCAAGUCUAACCCUGGUAUCAAUCUCAUAUUCAUCCAAAAGUAUGUACAAACAGUAUUGCUUGAAGAACUGAUACUGACAUUGACAUUCAUCCUUGAACUAACUUUUGCUGCUGUUUUGAAGUCACAGGUUGAAACAGCAAUUGCCGUUAGGUGCUUGUGCAGUUACUGCGAUAUCCAACUUGCGCCAGUUAGAACCAGUGUCUACUGGUGAUGGUCCAGUUCUUAGCGUCCAUGUUUAGUGCAACGGCUCAUUGUCAUAGAUUAUCAUCUAUUUGUUCCAGUAAGGUAGAAAAUAUUACAGUUUAUUUAUAACCUGGGAUGCCAGUAGAAGCUGUUCUGUUGACAGUUUGAGGUUUAGGGCUAGAAUGAUACGUAUUUGGAAUGUAAUGUAUGAAGAAUAUCGUUUGGAUCACUGUCCUUUGAGAGGAAAUUGUUAUACUGUUUCUUGAAAAGACAUCAUUUACUGUUAUUUCUAUGAUAUCAUUUAUGCAGAUUAAGCAGUUAUGACGAAUACCAGAAUUUGUAAGGUGUUGACCAUGUUGACAAUUUUUCUGAAUUUGGUGAUGAGAAGGUUGGACUUGUAGGUAAAAGUCUUCCUAAAGGUGCAUGAGGGGGUACAAGAUAGAGGUAGAUGUGAUAUGGAGGUAAUGGAUUUGUGUUGAUAUGUAUCUCUGAUCAUUCAUGUGUUAAGUUCAGCUUUAUUAUGUGUGCCACAUUCAUGAAGUUCAACAAGACAUUUGUCCUAUGUCACUUGGAACUCUCUUUGGCUUCUUGUCACCAUCAGUAUCAGUGUGUAAACGUGGGAUCCUCAUCCAGGUGUCCAUCACAGCCUGUAGCUCUAGGUCCGUACUCAUUAACUGCCAGCUGGACACUUAUCAUGAAUAUGAGCUGGCAGUCAAAUAAUUCUGAAUAAUUUGAAUAUGACUUUGAGGCUGCAGUUGUCCAGAUUAAA